UUCAAACAACGAAAAGGUGUCAUGUGUGGUUUUAUAUCGAUGAUUCUUAUUCUAUCAAUAUUGCAAAUAGUUUGGUAGCCAAGCAACCUAUUUAUAACAGAAAAGUAGUUGAUUGAACAAAAUACAAAGCAGAUUGAAGAUUUUAAUUUUAACACCUUCAGCCGUAGCAAAAUUCAUUGAAAAUGUCGAAAGUUUUAAAAGACUUUUUCGAUAUUGACAAAGAGCAAGAGUUACUACAAAGUUUUACUCGUCUAGGAGUUCCUUCUGAUGAUGAUGUCAACGAAGAGGCCACAAAGGAAAAAAAGAGCCGAAUUGUGGCCAUUAAAGUCAAGGCAGCCAGCCGGGAUACUCGCCGAAAACAAUCUGUGAAAUUUAAUGAUGACACCGAUGGCCCUGUAAAGGGCCAACAUCAACGCAUGAAUCGCAUUGAGGCCGAGCUAAGGGCUGCCCGCAAACGUAAUGAGGAACUUAUGCAAAAACGUAAAAAGCCCAAGGAGAAUUUCGUUGAUUUCUAUACGGACAAGGACAGGGCAGCAGCUGUUAGCGCUGGGGCAUUCGAUAUUAAACAAAGUUUGCAAAUAAAACAAAAACAGGAUCGAAGCGAAUCUUUGAUGAUACCUGAUGAGGGUGAUAUCAAUUCAAUUAUUGCCUUGGGUUUGAAGGAAAUUAAAAAUGCCAAUCCUGAAAAUGCCAUACAUUUCUUUUCCAAGGCUCUGGAACUCAACAGCACCGAUAUUAAUGCCUUGGUCUCUCGCAGCAAGUGUUAUCUACUUCUGGGGGAGGCAUCCAAGGCCCUGCUGGAUGCCGAAACAGCCUUGAAUGAAGAUAAAAAUAAUAUACGAGCUAUCUAUCAAAAAGCUGAGGCCUUGUAUUAUUUGGGACAAUUCGAACAGAGUCUUAUGUACUUCCAUAGGGGCGCCCGAGCCCGACCAGAAUUGAAUUCCUUUCGUUUGGGGGUGCAAAAAACCCAAGAAGCUAUUGAGAAUACAAUUGGCGUUAAGAAUAACAACAACAAACCCAGUACCAGUAAAGCUAAAAAAUCCAACGAUAAUACCCCCAAAUCCCAGAUGAAUAGCAGUAGUGCAAGACCUAUCAGGGCAAAGCCCACCAAGUUGGAAUUGGAACGUCGAAAUGCCCGAAAACUUUUGGGUGAAUUGUGUGUGGAUAAAGAAUAUCUGGAAAAUCUAUUAAAACAUCCCGAUCUGAUAAGAGCCGAUACGAAUACUGAGAAUAUUUCAACCUAUGCCAAGGAGGCGGUGGAUUUCCUAAACAAACGUCAGGAGUUUUGGCGGCAACAGAGACCGUGCAAUGCCUUGCCGAAUCAAAAGAAUUUGCCAAUGGAUGCAAUGCCAAGAUGGUUUUAAAGUUAUCGCAGGGUUGUUUCUCUGUAUGUGUGUGUUUAUUAGUUUGUUUGUUUUUAUUAUUCGUUUUAUUGAUUGCUGUUAUAUAAUUUAUAAGUUUAUAUAUAGUAGAUGUAUUUGUAUUUAGCAUUUUAACAUUUAUUACAUACUGCAUUUUGUUGAUUAAGGAGUGAGUGUUUUUUUCUUAUAUCCGUUACGACACCAAAAUCUAUAUCUGUGUUAACCAUAUACAUUAAAUACAUAAAUAUAACAUGAUAACAUAUG